AUGCCGGGGCGCAACUAUGGGCUGUCCAGAGGGCCCACGAUGCGGCGGUCGGGCAUGGCCAUGACUGUCCCAAUGGCAUUGCAGGAGAGACUGAGGAGGCGCAGGAGGGCAUUCACGUCCAGGGAUGUCGGAAAUGACGAACCCAAAGAGAGCGUCGUGCAAUACGACAACGAAGCCUUCACGGACGAUGAGAAAAGCGAGGACCUUCCGGCCGCGUCCCCAUCGGUGUCUCCGUCAUCGGCAAGACCGUCGCCCCGUCUUCUGCCGCCGCUUCGGGAACGGGUCGCCGAAACCUCAGAUGCAGAUCUCAGCUCCGGGAGCCACACUCCAAGUUCCGUGGCCAGCUCUAGGGUCAGCGCUGCGGACAGAGACCGCAGGCGCCGAAGGCCAUCCGAGGUGCAGACUCGUAGGCCGUGGGAUCGGUCGAGAGCGACGCCUUCCAGGCUGGUGGCCCCGACGCCGCUUCCUCGCAAGGGGCGAAUUCAACAGCCAGAAGUCGAGGAAGAAGUCAUCGAGAAAGCCCUGAAGAAGCGCCGAGAGGCGCUCGCGAGAUGGAAAUCCAGCGCCUCGUCCGCUCUUCGUCAGUCCGCAGAACUGGCCGAGAAGACGCUGGUCGAAGAGGCGACGGAGUUUUUCACCCGGAAGUGGACCAAGGAAGUGCCUCCCGGCAGCGCUGAGCAGAAGGCUAAGGAAGUCAAGGAAGCUCGCCGGUCUUCCGCCGUCGACGGCGGGGAAAUCGCGUCCGAAGGCGCAACCCCGGACGUCAACGAGUCUGCGCACGAAGCGGAAGAAGACGAGGAGCACCUUCUGACGUCUGAUGAUUACGUUCCCGACGAGCAGCUCGCAUGCAAGAUUGCAAAGGCAGAGUACAACCCCAGUGUCGACAUGAACUUGCACUUCCCUUCAUCCACGAAAGUGCCUUUUUCUGCAAAAUUGAGAUCAGCAGGUGCAGACGAAGACGACUCGAAUGAUCGCAGCCGGCCGGGUUCACCGAUAAGGAAUAAUUUAUCUCGCUUCGCGAUAAACCAGAUGGAACACCGGUUGAUCAAUCAAGGCGAACUGCAAUGGUUCAACAGCGAAGGGUCUGUUGACACGUCGCCGAUUACGAUUAGUGAUAAACCACUCCGUCUUCCGAGUUACGAGGAUGAGACUAGGGCUUUCAAGCCGAAAUACACAAAGCCUCAGCUAAACAAUCAGCCUCACCCGUUUGCUCUAUAA